GAAUGAGCUGAGACAGCAUAAUUCAAGAAUUAUUUAUUAGAGGGCACUUUUGCUUUUUCUCAACCUCUUGAUUAAUUCUCACCGUCAAUUGCUUAGCAUUUUGUUACUUAAUCCUUUGUUGCCGAGAGGACAGGAUGCAGAUCCUUUUCUGUUUAUCCUGAGGGGUUUAUCUUGUGGUGACGUGAUCAGUGCAAGCCACAUUUUUGACUCGUUUGUGCCUUCAUCAACAACACGAAAAGGGAGCUUUCAACAAAUAGCAUAGAUUUGACAUACACUGUGAGCAAUUUAGCUUGGCAGUACCCUCAGUUCCGUCUAUUCUUCAGCAGCCCUGCAUAUCUUGUUAAGAAGGACGUAGAUAGGAACUCAAUCUUGGAAGGCAGGCAAAGUAUGCUGGAUCGCUGCUUUCCCUUAAGGUCCGGUUUUACCCUGUUCAACUCACUUUCAGCGCUUGCUGUGUGUCCAGUGCUGCUCCAAAUCUUGGAUCCGAGACACACGAGCUGAUGGUUCAUGACUGCAAGCUUCGCAUGCCAAUCCGUGAGUGACAAGUGAGUUGUGAUCGCCUAAUUCUCCAAGUUGGGAACGACAAGUAAGGAACCCAUCAGUCACUCGAGUCUUAACAAAACACUGCAUAUGUCGCUUACAUUAAUCUGUGAUUUGCUGCAGCACAUGAGAACACGUGAACCUCAGUGCUUGAAAGCCUGUCUGUAACACCUUAUGUUAGCAAUCGCCGUGCAAGAUACUCGAGCUCAGUGCAGUAUUAACCAUCCUGGUAUCUCACCGAUGGGCAGAUACAGUUAUCCUAGUAGGCAUUCCCUACCCCGAGCUGCUUUAAACAUCGCAUGUCCAUGAAUUAGUCGCGCUGUAGAGAGUACAGAAGACAUAAAUAAAUCCCCUUUCCAGCUCCUCCCAUCUAAUCUCCCAAUAUUUUAUUUUCAAUCUAUCUAUUGUCUUGCGACAACUUGAUAUUGUCCCUUCUGUAUCCCGAAGAGCAACCCGAAGCCAUGCCAAACAACGAUACAGUCUCGCAGACGAUCACGCAGAACACUCGGGAUGUCUCCCCGGCUUCCAUUCUUGAGGACGGGGUCGAAUGGAAAAUCAUAUACCACGAAACGGAAACACGGAACGACGUUGAGAACAUCACGGUAGAGCCCAAUGUCGAAGGUCCAUACGUCCUCCUCAGGGUCGAGUUCAAGAAGCCCAACUCCCGCCAUGCUCUGGUUCAUUGGUUCACUGAGCGCGAUAUUCACCUAAAGAAUGAGAAGAAAGUGCUAUCGUACUGGCAAAAGCAAGGAGGUCGCCAGAACGCCGUAGAGCUGCCUUCAGAUGUUGUACAUCUUCUGCGCAUCACCAAAGAAAAGGAUCUACAGAAGGAUCAGGGAUAUGGAACGAAAAAAUACCUUGUCCAGUUUGUAGGAUGCCCAGCGAGUCAGUCGGAGUGGUGGUGGGCUUCUACAGUUUAUAUUGAACUCUACGAAGAAUGGGUCUCUCGUGUGGGCGCCUCUAACUGAGAUACUUAUUGUACUCAUAUAAGUAUCUGGAGUUGAAGAGAGACAGACAAAAGCUAUCCCAGAAACUACAAUUUAAGCACCACUUAUAUAUAUAAAAUCUCCACUACAUGAAUAUGAUAUACUAAAUGCGAC